AUGUCAGCAAGGCGUCGCAGGAAACGUAGUGAUACUGACGUACCUGAUAAAAAAGACGUGGAGGUAUCAGUAGCAGAUUACAUCAGCAAAAGUAUCACGUUUCAUGAUUCUGAAGCACAAAGAAAAAACACAAAAGUUGCUUCAAUCACUAAAAAAUUGAAGAGUAUAGAAUCAAGAUUAUUUCACAGUUUAUUAUUGUCAUCACCAUUAACUACGACAAAUUCUCCAUGGAUGUCUUCGGCAUUAUCUUCUUCCUUGUCAACUUUCUCUUCACAAACACGUUCGAUGUUGUCUUCUCUAUUUAUCAACAGCAACAGCAGAAGCAACGGUAGAAGUGGUAAAAGAUCCUGA